GGACAGACAAAGCUAAUCCUCCUCUUAAAGCAAGAAGGAAAAUGGUAUCCCAAAAACUUCAAAUCCUUGGCCUCGUUAUGGCACUUAUUGGUUUUGUAGGCAUCAUUGUCAUCUGUGGUUUACCAGCCUGGAAGAUGUCUGCUUUCAUUGGAGCCAACAUUGUGACUUUCCAGGUGUACUGGGAAGGCUUAUGGAUGGAUUGUGUGGUUCAAACCACAGGCCAGAUGCAGUGUAAGGUCUACGAUUCCCUCCUUAUUCUUCCUGUACAUCUGCAGGCAGCUCGAGCCUUGAUAAUCGUUGCCCUUGUUGUUGGAAUCUUUGGAAUUAUUGUAACCAUCAUCGGCGGCAAAUGCACCAGUUUUGUACAGGAUGAGAGUGCUAAGGCUAAGAUCGCCAUCACUAGUGGGAUCAUCUUCAUCAUCACAGGGAUUCUCAUCCUCAUUCCAGUGUGCUGGACCACAAAUGCUAUUAUCAGGGACUUUUACAAUCCUGCCCUUACGGAUGCCCAAAGGAGGGAACUGGGACCCUGUCUCAAAAUGGUGUCGGCUGGGUUGCAGAUGCUGGGCGCUGCCCUGGGUAUCAUUGGCUGGAUUGGUGUUAUUGUGGUCUGCGCUCUCCCUAUGUGGAGGGUCACAGCUUUCAUUGGAAGCAACAUUGUCACAUCGCAGAUCCAAUGGGAAGGCAUAUGGAUGAACUGUGUAGUCCAGAGCACAGGACAGAUGCAGUGCAAGGUAUACGACUCCAUGCUGGCCCUGAGUUCAGAUCUCCAAGCUGCACGUGCUCUCACGGUCAUCUCCAUCGUGGUGGGCAUCUUCGGCAUCCUACUGGCCAUGGCUGGAGGAAAGUGCACCAACUGCGUGGAGGAUGAGAACUCCAAGGCGAAGGUUGCUGUGGCAGCGGGUGUGGUUUUCAUCAUUUCUGGGGUACUUUGUCUCAUUCCUGUGUGCUGGACUGCCCAAACAGUCAUCAGGGACUUCUACAACCCACUGGUCAACCAGGCACAGAAGAGGGAGUUGGGCGCAUCGUUGUUCAUCGGCUGGGGCGCUGCUGCUCUGCUGAUCAUUGGAGGAGGUCUGCUGUGUGCCAGCUGCCCACACAAUGACAAGCCAGCAUACACAGCCAAAUACAGUGCUCCUGCUCGCUCCCAGGCCUCUGCACCCUCCACCAAGGACUAUGUUUAAGAAUGUCAAACAAUGAUUGUCUUACCUGCACAAGUAUGGAGCAGUUGAAAUGAGGACUUGAUGGACAAUUGUAAGAGUUAAUGUUACUGGAUUUUAUUUCUUUCUUUUUACAUAUUAACAGCAUGCAGUAGAUACUACUGCAUAAUGUUAUGCCAUAAUGUUUUCUUAACUGGAUGAUUGUUUUUACAAUAUAAGAUUGUAAUAUUUUAAGCUUGUUAAUUUUUUCCUCAUUCUGUACAUUUUAAGGAAUUCAUGAUAUUGUAAAUAAAUAUUUUGUACAGUAUAUAUAUCAUUGUUUCCUCAGCUAUCAAAACAGGAAAAAAUAAUAAAAUCAAAACACUUGUCUAACAUGGA